UGUGUUCUGCCCACAGAUGCUGCCCACUGCCCAUGGCUUUCAGGGAUGUGAAUGCAAGGAGACAUAUUGGACUCCAGCAACUCUCAUCCUUGGCAUCGACUGGAAGAGCAUUUCUGGGGCCAAUGAAAUCUCAUAAAUUCAUUGUGGAUGAAACCACCAACCAAUGCACAUUGAUUUGUUCUGCUGUUAGACUGAUUGAAAGUUUGGAUUUGACUAGUGCUGCUGGACAGCUUCUUAAUGAAACCAUUCAGGCACAGAACAAGGAGUUUAGGACUGGGAUGAGUACCCUGUUGUUCCUCGUUGGUGCGUGGAGCAGUGCCGUGGUGGAGUGCCUCCAGCAGAAUGUUCCUGUUUCAGCAAUAGUGUCUGUGAUGUCUGAGGGGUUGAACUCUUGCUGUGAGAGAGUCCAGUGUCUCCAAAUAUCAAUACAUGAUGUAAAAAAAGAGCUGUGUUCUAGCAGAGUUAGGCCAAACGCUUUUGAAUGCAAAGCUUGCCAAGUUGGAUGUGACAGUCUUCUAAAUCCUCAGGGUUUGCUGUAUUUUCAGAAACGUAUUUCUGAACCAGAAGUAAUUUCAAUAAGUUGUUGUUCCCAUCAAGGAGAUGAUUGUCAUUUUAACAAGGCCCUGGUUUCACCCUUGGUUGGCUUUGGUUCAGCAGCUUCUCUUGUCAAACCAGAGGGUGACAGAAGUUCAUCUGUGAUUUCUGGAAGUGGUGUUAUUUCAUCCAGCUGUAUCAAACAGAAGUUAACCCACAGCAGACACUUCAGCACUUUAGGAAAAAGCCAUUUUUCAGGUCAACAAGGUAAUUUUCAGGAAUACCUUUUGAAACCAUCAGCAGAUCCGUGUGAAUGCUCUGAUUUAGGACACCUGGCAAUGGCUCUGAGUCAUGGAAAUCAGACUGGUGUGAAACUGCUCCAGAGCAUUGCUGAGUAUCAGCAAGAGAGAGCAGAGUGCAGGGGCUCUUCCCAGCUUAAUAUCACAGGGAUUGUGACAUGCUCUUUGCUGGGCCUGCCUGAAAGCUAUUCCUGUGUCUCCCAGGGCUUUGUCACAUUAGUGUCACCAGAACAAGCCAAAGUCAUCAAACACUUUAAGGACAAAUCCCUCCGGAUCCUGCUGGUGGAUGGUGACCUAACGGAGCAGUAUCGUCACUUAGGUUUUAACAGACCACAUAACAUAAGGACCAUAUUGGAGCAUCCUAACCUAGAGGGAGGCAGGGCAGGAGACACAUGGCUAAGCAGAAUGUUAGAUAUUCUAGUGAGUUUUGAAGUAAACCUAGUUUUGGUCAAAGGAAGCGUGUGCAGAAACUUACUGGACAGAUGCACCGCAAGCAGGAUACUGGUAAUCGGUCCUGUGCCUCGGGAUGUGUUGUGUGCCUUUGGGGAGGUCACUGGUGCCCAGCCAGUGACGUACCUGAGCCAGCUGAACCCUUCCUGUGCUGGGAACGGGGCCCAGGCAGAGCUGUGGGAGGCCAGCGAUGGGCGUGCGAUGGACCUGGGUGAGCUUGUGCCGGUCCGGAUCAACGUGCGAGGCAUCCCCCUGCUCACGGCCGUGCUCACCACUGCUGUGGCUUCCAAGGUGCAGCUCCUUGAGGACCAGUUCUGGACUUCAGUGUAUCGACUCCACCAUGCUUUAAAAGAUGGGAAGGUUUUUCCUGGGGGUGGUGCAGUGGAGCUCUUGUGCCUCAGCCACAUCCAGGUGCUCACCGAGCAGCCUGUGCGACCAGCAAAGGCUGGGAAAGAGUUUCCCAGUCCUUGGCUGGCCACACCUGUGGCAGAGUAUAAAUCCCUUGUGCUCCAAGCACUAGCAAGUGGCUGGAAGAGGUACCUUUCCGUGGUCAUGUGUAACAUGGCAAAGGCUCCGUCGGAGUUGGAAGCGCGUGCAUUAGUGGAUCAUCACCUCAAGAAAGCAGUGGAUUGUGGCUCUCCCUCAGCAUAUAUAUUGGAAUUGUUUAGAAGAGGUGAUGUGCUUGGGGGUGGCUCUGGUCCCUUUGCUGACCACGGCGAGGGUUUAAAGGUUUACGAUAACGUUGCAGCCAAGACAGAGGCGUGGAGGAGAGCCCUGGACUUGGUGCUGCUGGUGCUUCAGACUGAUGCCGAAAUUAUCACAGGCCCCAGAAGGAAUGAGCUGUUGAACUCGCCUGUGUCAAGUGAAUUUAUGUUCUUAUAGGGCUUUGCAGUCCCUGAGUCAGCGGGAGAAGUCCAGGUUCAACUUAACAUGUCCUCCUAAUUUAUAAAGCAAACACUGAGAUGUGAUUAUGACUUUAGAGCGUAACAGCAGAAAUCAGAAUGAGAGACAGUCACAAGCACUCAUAAUUUGGAAGCAGAGCCCUGAAGAACUGGCACUUCAUUGCAAGAAAGAGGUGUGUAACUAUGGAGAUUUUUUUUUUCUGACCUUGGCAUUCUGAAUCAUACUUAAAGUGAAAUGUCUCAGUUCUGGUGAAAACAGAACAGAAAACAAAUGGAAAUGGUGAUGUUAAAGUGUAUUCUUGCUUUCAGGAACUUUCUCAUUAAACUGCUGAUGGCUGGCAUACAGAUGAUGGAAUUCACCCUCAAAUAAGGUUUAAAUAUAUCUAGAGAUGAGUAUGUAUAUUAAAGUAGUGUUAUAUCUUUGACCUGAAACAGCACAUCUUUUGGUUUUCUAUCAAACUCCAGAAUUCAGUGGAUUUUGGGAAAAUCUCAUCAGUACUGUAGGGGUUUAUAAUUUUAAUUUGGAACAGUAUUUCCUAGCAGCAUAGGGGUCUAGUUAUAUGGAAGUUUUGAUCAGCCUGCAAUUACAUUUUCAUUAUUAAUCAGUUGGCACAUUGAUGUUUAACUGCUUGGUGUGCUGAGACACGAGAGAGAAAGAGUCUGGUAG